AUGCAGAUCUCUGUGAAGACCCUGACAGCAAGACCAACAUUCUCGAGGUCGAGCCGUGACACCACUGAGAAUGUUAAAGCCAAAAUCCAUGACAAGGACGGCAUCCCGCCCAACCAGGGCAAACAGCUGGAGGAUGGCCGCACUGUCUCAGACUACAAUAUCCAGAAGGAGGCCACCCUGUACUUGGGGCUUCACCUGCAGGGUGGCAUCAUCGAGCCUUCCCUCUGCCAGCUGGCCCAGAAAUACAACCGUGACAAGAUGAUGCGCUGCAAGUGUUCUACUCGCCUGCACCCCCGCGGUCACCUGCCGCAGGAAGUGCGCCACACCAACAACCUGUGCCCCAAGAAGAUCAAAUAA